ACAAACGAUAAAUACUAAAAUGGAGUUUGCGAAGCGUAAAAAUAAUGCAAAUUCAGCUUCGCGCGAGAAACGCUUUAAAAUUGACAAUGAUGAGCAGAAGCAGGUGAAUCUAUGGGAUCUGCCGAUGGGACCACUGCAACUAAUCAUCUCCAAAGUGAGUCCCAGCAAACACACGCUGCUACGCGACGCAUCUCCGGCACUAAGAGUGGCGCACUCCCAAUACAUGAUGCACAAAUACAAGAUCUAUACACAAUUUCAUAUGCUCCAGCAGGCUGACAAGGAUGAUCAUCCGCUGAUGGUGCGCCAUGUUUUGCAGGUGCUGGCCGAGGCAACGGAGUAUUACAUAAAUGCUGGCUAUGAUCUGAUCUUUGCAGGCUGUCUGCUGCGCUCCGACCACUUCGAGCAGCUGGAAAUUGGUGGGCAGGCCAUCGAUGUGACACAGAUGCAUCAAUUUCUACAUGAGUUCUACACUCAUGUGGAGGCGACACCAACGUGCUCACAUCUCAAACAGCGCCGCUUGAUCUACACCGUAACGCUGCUGAAUAUUUUGCGGCAAUUUCAACGCUUUCAAAUUGUCAGCUCCGUCACCCCGUUGCUCCACUGGCAGCUGCACAUUGAGCUGUGUGGCAUCUACUUUGGCAUCAAUCACGUAGCCAAACUGCACGCAAGCGAAAAGAAUAAAUUUAUUGACUUUCUGGCCAUCAUGGCGGAACUGCUCGUUUUGGACAUGGCCGACGAAACUGUGAACCGCUACACGGAGAUCGGUCAGAGCAUCUACAUCUACGGCCGGAAGCAGCAACAGGCGUUGAAUUCGCGCACACCUCGUAUCAAUUUGAAGUUGAGCAUACUGGGGCCAUCAGGCGUGCGAGGUCUGCUCGAGGAUGUGAUCAAUGGAAAAGUGCCAGCAGCCUCGGAUGUGAUUUACCCAUCCGUGGACGAAAGUGCGCUCAACAUUCAAUUGGAGGUGUGGACCACGAGUCGCAACGAAAUUAUUGGCAAUAAUUCCAUGCAAAUCUGCGUUGUCUCCUUGGCAUAGUGCCAUUUGUAAAAUAAAGCACGAUUUUUAUGUAAACAAUAACAAAAUGAAAGCAGACACUUCAAUUCACUUGUUGUUUUAUAAUUGCAGAAGUUGUUUGAUAUUAUCGAUAUUUAAAUUUACAUUAUUAUCGAUUUCCUCACGACAAGCUCGCCCGCAUUAAGACCUAAAGCUUAUCUUGGCAUGUCCACUCUUCAUUUUCUUUUUGAAAGAGAGAGAGAGAGAGAGGGACGCAAAUGAAUUAUGGCAGGCCGAAAUUUGAUCAGUGUAACGCUGGCUGCUGAACAAGCAUGUUGACAUUUGAGAAGAACAAAGUACUGGUGAUUGCGGUCAACGUGGUGGUGAUCGGUUUUGUUAUCCUCGUGAUAAUUCUAAUGUUAUAACCAGGGAGAAUGUUCGAGUCCAGUGAGCAAAAACAUCAAUUGCUUUUAUGUAUUUCAUAUAUACAGUGUAAAACGAUCUUUCACCUGUAACUGGACACUCACCGACAUGUCAUCGUCAACGAGUCGAAACAAUAAAGUGAUCAAUUAAAUUAA